CUCAUGUCUAGUACCGGUGCAAGUCAGGAAGCAUAUUAACGGCUAUCCUGUCAUCAAUCUUCCGAUACCGCAUUGCAGGAAAGGUCAUAGGGUCAGGCCAUUCCACCCCCGAAAGCAUGGGUCUCGGUCUGCGAGAAGUUAGCUAUUGUUUCCCCUGGCCUUUGCUUCCGUUUUACAUUCUCCUUCCAACCCUCAGGGGGCCUUUCUUGAUGGCGGAUGCGAGCUGCCUCUUUCUCUCUCUCUCUCUCUUCUCACUGACCAGUCAGAAGUAUUCCAGGGAUUCGGCCGAUGGGCGGCCAUGUGCCACACACUCAGGGCUCUCGUACAGUUAUACUACCUGUGCUCGCCUUCAGAACUCAAUUCUUAGAAGGCAGUUGCGGCCGAUGGGGCUUCGUCAACUCCCAUGGAGGGGAGUUACAUUCGCGCGCAUUCACGAAUUGACCUACCGGCCGAAGUAUCAGUGGCUGGCCAGUAGCCGGCCACGGUUGACGGUAGAUGAGAUAGAAUGGAACCGGGGGUGGGCGGAGGAGGGUAGCGUGAGGUCCUACGCGGAAGAAUGCCGUAGAAACGACCAAGAGGCUAUCCACUGGGUGUCUACCUAGUCUGUCGCUCGGCCGCAGGCAACUCAGCUCACAUGCUUCGGUCGGUUGUCUCCUGUGUCGGCUACACAGGUGUCCAUGUCCAGAGUCAACGCCGGACG